AUGUUAGGCUCUUCAGGCAGUUAUACAAAUGUCAGAUAUAAUGUUCUUAGACGAUCAGAUGGCAUUGAGUAUCCGGGUUCCGUUCAGUGGUAUCUCGUUUUGGUUCUGCUUGCUUCCUGGAUAUUGACAUUUACAUGCCUUAUUAAAAGUAUACAUUCAGUUGGAAAGGUUGUGUAUGUGACGGUUAUUUUUCCGUAUAUACUAUUGACAAUUCUCUUAAUACGUGGUGUGACUCUGGAUGGUGCAAUUGAUGGGAUACUUUUCUACCUAAGCCCAGACUUUACAAAACUUCUACAUUUUCAAGUGGGGCUAGAAGCAGGUCUGCAGGUUUUCUAUUCUCUUGGUCCUGCUUGGGGAGGACUCAUCACAAUGUCAAGUUACAAUAAGUUUAACAACAAGUGCAUUCAGAACGCUUGGUGUGGUACUUUGGCCGAUGGUCUGACACGUUUCUACGCUGGAUUUGUUGUCUUCUCCAUCUUAGGUUUUAUGGCCAAAGACGUUGGAAUGACAAUGGAAGAAAUUUCAAACUUUUCAACAGGACCUGGACUAGUAUUUGUGGCGUAUCCAGAAGUUAUUACGAAACUUCCGAUGCCACAUCUGUGGGGGAUCCUGUUUUUCCUCAUGUUGAUAACUGUUGGAGUUGACACCCAGUUUGGAAUGUUUGAGACGGUUGCAAGUGGUCUAGCAGACAAAUAUCCCAAGCAGUUGAGCUCUCGGAAAAUCUUGACCACGGCCAUUUUGUGCCUUUUUCUCUUUGUCUUAGGAAUUCCAUACACAACUAAUGGAGGUAUAUAUGUCUUCCAGUUAGUAGACUGGUACGUUGCCACUUUCUGUAUCUCAUUUUCAUCAUUCCUAGAAUGUAUCAUUAUAUCAUGGAUUUAUGGAGCUGAACGAUUCAGUCGAGAUGUAGAGCUGAUGAUAGGAAGACCUAUCCCCCUCGCCUGA